AUCUGUCUCAGGAAAUACUCUAUUCGUUAUUCGGGAACACCUCCUGAAUAUAUACCCACCUUGCUCGACCCUAGGAUUUUAUUGAUUUUAUUCACUUCAUGUAAUUUUUGCUUGAUACAAUCAUUCGUUCUGUUCUCAUUUUCUCAUCACAGGGUUUCCAGGCCCUGCUCCAACAAAUGUUCGAAAAAAUACCCGAGCCAGGUCAUCAGGAGCAAUCACAUCCGGUCAGUUUAAUCGGAAAAGGCAGCAAAAUGGAGGAACUAUCAGGGGUGAUGAUUGUGAUCAUCAUCGGAGGCGGAGUGCUAGCCGCCACGAUUUGUGUCAUCGUGGCCAAACGACAAAUUGUAAGAUUCACAUUACGACAGAGAAGGGGACCUCACGUCGCAGUUGGUCAUGACGCCAAGAAGUCGAUCAAGAAAGAAAUCGAACGAAGAAUUGAUUGCAUACAAAAAAUCUAUUUCGAACCUAGGCUGCUGUGGGAUGACAAAAAGGACGGUGAUAAAUAUAUUUUACAUCCGAAUUCGAAUAACUUACCUCCAUAUUACUACAGAAUGAAAGCGAUGGAUGACAUCAAAGAGCUAGAAAAAGAAAUUGCCAAGCAAGACGGCACAACCAGACAUCCCAGAGACAGUUUAAGAGCGUUCUUGCUAACAACGCUGGCUGCACCCCUUAAUGGAGCAGAGCAACGAUUGAUUCAUCAAUUUUGUGACAUGUACGAACAUGCUCGUCAUGAUCCUAACGAGUUUGGUGAGGAAGAACAUCAAGCAUACCAAAGACUAUUGAAAAAAUUGACUGAUGCCGCAAAAAUGCUCAAAUCGUUCACCAAUAGUCGCAAAUCUUCUCCCAAUCGAACACCGGUUAAGAAACAAAGCAAGAUGCAGUCCCUAUUGGACCCAUCGCGCUUGAGGCCACCUCCGAUGGGGGCAACUGCCGGCGUAAAUACUGGAAUAACUCCCAACAGUACAGAUAUUGGUAAUCAAACAGCUCGCAUGAACCUUUCGCUGGGGGUUCAAUUACAACAGCAGCAACAACAGCUCCGCCAGCAUGAACCGGAAAUCGACGAAAACGAAAUACUCAGCAUUUCACAGUACCACGGAGAAACGGAAACUUUUACCAUACACAGGUCUUUCAAAGAUUGAAAUGGUCUAGUAUAUGUCCUCUGAUAAAUGAAAAAAAACUUAUGAACCUAAAUAAAAAAAUACAUAAUGAAACAUUAUAGCCUAGUGAUACCAUCG